GCCAGUCAGGACACCCCAGAAGGAUAAGGGCAGAAUCGCGGCAAGGAAACCAUGAUGAACUUCUUCAGCUCACUGACUAUAGCAGUGAUGCUUUUCAGAACAAGCCUUUCCUUAACAGCAAGUGACUGCGGAGCAAACUUCAGACCCCCAGAAUACACUGACAUCUCCGUGGAAUGUGGCACCAGCACCAUGUCACUGGCGAUUUUAAUCUGCCCAGCUAUGUAUGCUGGCUAUAAUGAGUCCCUGCUGAUAGUGAACAGCAUAUAUGAUGACCCAAGAUGCAAGGGAAGGAUAGAUGGUACAGUGACACCACCAGUCCUGCGGUUCAGUUUCCCCAUCAAUGAGUCUACUGCCUGUGGAAGUAUUUUCAAGACAACAAGUGCACCUGGAACUGGGAUUUUUUCAGACUUCUCCAAUAUCCAAACAGUGAACAUUAGCGGAGUGGUUCGGUCAAAUGAUCCAACAACUGGCACUGUGACCUACAAUCAGGAACUGGUGUAUCUCUAUUCCUGCUCUUAUCCACUAGAAUACCUUAUCAACAACACCAGGAUAGACGUGUCUGGGUCCUCCAUCGCUGUCAAAGACAACAAUGGCAGCUUCAUCAGCACCCUCAGCCUGCAGCUGUACCAGGAUCGAAAUUUCACAACUCCGCUGAUAAUUCCAUCAGCAGGAAUUGAUUUAAGAUCUGAUGUGUUUGUCCAAGUCAAGGCUGUUAAUUUAACUUCCAAGUUCAAUGUCCUUCUUGAUCGCUGUUACGCGUCAAUUUCUCAGUUCCCAACAAACUCAACCUUCUUCAACCUUUUUGUCUCAUGCUCAAGAGACUCACUGACGACGAUGAUUGAAAACGGAGACAACCAAUAUGCAAGGUUUUCCUUCAAGGCUUUCCGUUUCAUUGAGCAAAAGAAUCAAACAGUUUCUACCUACUAUUUACACUGCAUCACAAGGCUCUGUGACAGAAGUUCCUGUGCUCAGUUCAAGCAAUGUUCAAGCACUGGUAAAAAGAAGAGGAGUGUGAGUGAUUUUACGACCCCAGCUCCUGAUGGGCUGUCUGAGCCCACUACCAUCACCUCAGUGCCCAUCAUUACCAAAUCUGAGAGCGUUAUUCAGUCUAAAGAAGAUGCUGUUGCUCCAACCAUUGACGAAGUUAGAAGCAUCUCAGUUGGUCUGGGUAUCGCUGUGGGCUUCCUGGCUCUGAUCUCCCUCGUAAUGAUAACUGUUGCUUUCAUGUACUACCGAAAAACUAAGCAGUCACCUGCCACCUCCAAGAUGUUUCCUAACUGAUUGCUGGACAAGCUGGAACUACAUGCCUACAAACAUGUCCUUUUUAUAACCAUAUCACAGUUUAAGAUGCAACUUUAAACAGUCUGUUAGUGGGGUUAUCUUGCUCUGGUGGAGGUGUGUGGUGAUGGAGUCCACAAUCUCUGUGCUUUUCAAACGCUGAUGUUUAUCUUUGACUGCAGUGAGAUCUUCAUUUCUUUGCACAUUUUGGUAACUCUCUUUUAACAGAGGACUAGAAUUCAGAAAUUAAAUUAUUAGUAAGCAAAAUUCUAUUCCCAGGCAUUUCCCGGAACUUUGUUCUAAUGCUGUGUUACAAAUUAAUCUAGCUGGAACCCAAAACAGAAAUGACAGAAUAUGCAUAAAGAAUGUGUAGAAUUCAAUGAAGAGCUGUUGCCAAACGUUGGAAAAGUAGGACCUACAAGAUAAGGUCAUCAAAUUGCCAUUAGAAAAUGUGCCAGAGUUGAUCACAAAACAUAAAGAGGAAUGAUGCCUCUCUAUUAUCAGCUGUAAGUACAAAUAACUACAUGCAGAGCACUUUGCAGUUAGCGUCUCUAACAAAGAGUCUGUAACGAAAACAUGCUUAGCCUAUCCCUACCAAACCAGCAGACCGCCUUUAACACAAAAACUGAAGCAAUGAUCAAAAGCCUUUCCAUAAUUAAAAACAAUAAUGUUUGUUUUAUUUCACCUACUAUUCUAAUUUAAAUAUUUUGUACACUAAUACAUAUUUAAAUAUGUUAUUCAGAAUAUUACUGCUGUAAAUUCUAGAUUUGGUGGAAAGAAGGAAAUUAAUCUGAAAGCAUGUUAUCAGUGCAAACCCCCAGACAUUUUACACCAUUCCUCAAAUAAGACAUUUAAACCUAUUAUUUUAAAUGAAAACAUAAAGAAUCAUUAAACAUUAAAAGUUGCUUAUUUAUUAAUUUCCCAGGUCAUUAUGAAAACCUACCAUGUCUACCAAUUUCAAUUUGACAUGUUAGAAAUUUGACAUGUUAGAAAAUGCACUUGAAAUAAUAUUUAGACAUUAUUUUUCUGGUACUUGUAUUUUUAAAAGCUUUAAUUUCUGGUGUUUCAGUGUUUUCUUGAUUUAAAAAAAUGUAUAUAUUUUGUUACAUUUAUUCAUAAAUGCAUGCAUCAUCAGAGUGGUGUUUUUAUUAAAUUUACAAAACCUAUACAAGAAUGUUUGUAUAUGUGAAGCUUCUCAGGUCAGGUCUUCUAUGCAGUGUCUUAACUGAAUGUGGCAACAUAUAAAGUAAAGUUUUGGGGAAUUUUUAUAGUCUAAUCUGAGGUGAUUACUUCACCAAAAGUUUCUAUUUUACUCUCGAGCAAUGUGCAGUCGUUAUUUCUUGUAUUAGCAUGAUGCAUCCAAAAGAUUUCCAAAAAUGCCAAAACAAAUAUAGUUUUAUUUACGUUUUAUUUCACUCAGGAUAUGUAUGAUCAGGGGAAUGAUUUCUGCUUCCAAGUUAACAAUAAAUCAAUAAACUAAUUGU